CUUUUUUCUUCUCCCUCCCUCUCCCUCUCUCUCUCUCUUCAUUAUUGUUUUCUUUGCUUCAAUUUUCUCUCUCCUCCAAAAAGUUGGUCUCCUGGCGCAUAUUCACAGAUUGAGGGGUGAAUCGUGGUUUGCUUAGUGCUCCAAAGCCUGCUUUUGACAAAGAACCUGAUGCCCGUUUGAUGUGUUAAUGGAUAAUGAUUCUGGUGGGUUUGCUUCACCUUUGUUCUACUGAUUUUGGGUGAAAGAACUGUAGUUCUGUUUUUAUAUAUAUAUGCUGAACUCUAAGUUAAAGAUAAGAACUAGUAGUAGUAGUAGUAGUAGUGGAAGAGCUUGUGACUGUUUUAAGAACAGCACAAAAUCAUUAGAGAAGCUUUUCAUCAGAUGUUAUCCAUUGAAAACCCUCCACCAGAUCCCUCAUAUCAGCCAUUGAGUAUCAACAAUGAUGAGAGGCCUACUCAAAACGCCGCCAUUCUUGACCACUCCACCUUCCCUAACUUCUCCUUGAGAGAUUAUGUUUUUGGUUGUCGGAGCAAGGAUAUCGAAAACAACUGGCCGUUUUCCCUCAAGAAUUUGCAGCUUUGUUUGAAACAUGGUGUAAAGGAUUUACUACCACCGUUUCAGUCUCCGAAUCGUGUCCGAAACCAGCGGGGUGAAAGUUCAACAUCAAGUGUUCUUCAUGGAGAGUUCUCUGAGCCUAAAGAACCUGUAGAACUAGAGCAAUCGGAUGCUAAGUUCGACGAAAAGCUAGUAAGAACUUGCACGGAAUCGAGUUCAUGCAGAUGUGAAGGAGAAAAUGGUUUCUCUUCCACCAUGACAAGCAUCUCACAACCCCAAAAAGAAUUGGUUUCCACAAGUGGACCAUCUAGUUCAUCUUUAAAAACCGAUACUUUAUCCGAAACCCCGGCCGAAGUGGAGCGUACUUGUUUUCCAGCAUCUGAAAAGAACGAAAGUAAGAUCAAAACCUCAAGUAAAAGAUGCAAGAUUAUCAGAAAAUCGACCAAUCACGUUGACCAAACAUCAACUGUAGAUAUUGCUGCGAGUCUUAGUACGGUAUCGGAGUCGAUGGCUUCGAAAAUAUGCCCUGUCUGCAAGACGUUCUCCUCUUCAUCAAACACCACUUUAAAUGCUCAUAUUGAUCAGUGUCUUUCUAUAGCAUCAACUCCAAAGUGUACAUCAGACUCCAAACUCACACGGUUUAGGAUCAAGCCGAGGAAGACGAAAUUGAUGGUUGAUAUCUACGCUACAGCUCGUUCUUGCACGUUGGAAGAGCUUGACAGACGAAAUGGUACCGCUUGGGCCACUUCGUCGGGCUUUCCUGCUGAGAAUAUCGAAAAUUGUCAGAUUAAUGAAGGGAAAAAGCAGAAAGUGAUGCCAGUUCAUCCAGAGGACAUUGAUGAUCAUAGUGCAGGUGCAGUUUAUAUUGAUGCCAAUGGCACGAAACUUCGAAUUUUGUCCAAGUUUAGUUCUUCGUCAUCGUUGUCGAUAUCGCAAAAUGAACUUGGUUCUAAGAAACUCAACGGAGUAACGGUAAGGAAGUUUCAUUCAGCCAAAAAGAAGAAAGGUCAUUCAACUAAGCAUCACAAGUAUCUUAAAGUAGCUGCUGAAGGUAGAAAAGUUCCCUCUCAACGGUGCAUUUCUCAGGUUCAAGGACACACUGAACGGAAUGGAUGUAGUAGAUUGGAGGUACAUAAAAUAACGAAGCAAGCGAAACCCCACGAUUCGGGAACUUUACGACAAUGGGCGUGCUCGAAACGAACCAGAGCAAGUGUGAGCACCAGAAAGGAAGGCUAUCAACCCUCUACGUUUAAAUGGCAUGUUGAUACUGAUCCCUCGGUUUUAGCUGACUCUUUGUUUGACAGAAGUCAAGUUGAGCAUUGUGUUUCGUCUCCUGAAAGCAGCGAGAGAACGGACAACAUGGAGUAUGAAGCCUAUAUUUCAGACAAGAAAGGGCGGUCUCCCGUGCGGAGGAGCCUGAGAAGUUCGUUUUCUGGUGAAAUGGUUGAUAUUGGUUCUCCAACACAAAUGAAAUAUCAAACUCCACCUGGUUUUAACAAGAAGUUGUCAAGUAAUUACCAUGAAAAUGCAGUGAAAGUUAGAAAUUUGAACUCUUCCCGACGAGACGAGUUCCAUGUCAGUAGCCGGUCGUCUACUGGUUCUAAGCCGUCUCCUCGGUUUAAUCGGUUUUCUACUUUUGAUCACAGCCGUAGCUCAUCAGAUGGAAGUAUUGAAAGUGAUCAAUCUGCAAAGGAAGAGGUUACCAAAGUAAGUGAAUUGGAAAACAGAAGUAAUAGAGAAGCAAUGAGCAAAGCCAUAGCUUUGAGUAGUUCGGACUCGGAACCUGAAUACGGCGGAUGUCACGAGUUGAAAAACAUGGAUUCUCAUAUUCGAAUAGAUGUCGAGUUUCAAGAAAACAUCAAGGGACUUGAACUUGGUAGUAGACAGAACUCAUUUCAUGAAGAUGUUAGUGUGGAUUCUUCUUCAAAAUUAGUUCCGAACGAGAGCUUCACGUGUUUUUGUAAGACGAACAAUAAUGUCAAGACCCGGUGUGGCACGCUACAAUCUACUCAGAAUUGUUCAUGCACUUUCUAUGGAUCAUCAGAUGGAGCGAAAGGCGGUUUCGGUAUUGGACAAGACAUGUUUUUCACUGAUGAAGACUGCAGUGCCAUGAUUGGACAUGAUGUUCAAGGAGAACUGGAUUCCGAGGCCAAGCGAGGAAUGUCGUCUUUCGAGGUCGAUCCAAUAUCUAUUCCAGGACCUCCAGGAUCUUUCUUGCCGAGCCCCCCGAGGGAUAUGAGAUCCUCAGAAUACCGAGGAACGUCUUCGUUGAGCUAUAGCUGGGUUCAUUCCUGCCUCGAUCAGCACGAGUUGAUUGAUGGGGAUUCAUCAGGUUCUCCUAUUUCUGCAACAUCAACUAUCUCUAACACCACAGCAUCUCGAUCUUGUUUUAAGCAUAACAAUCCAUCUCGAGUAUCUUCCGAUGUAUUUCAUGAUAAGUUCGGGUCAGUAUCUCCAAAAGCUCGUGCAUUGCCUCAUGUAAAUGGUGACAUGUUUAAAGUCAAUAAGUUACCAGUUGAAACGGGAGCUCUUGGCGUCGUAAAUAACGGCCAGCCUUGCUGUUGUCAAAGGGUCGGCAUCAACGUAACUUAUCCCGAACCACAACUGACGAGGCAUCACGCGAUGACUUCGGAAACCAUGCCAGCCAUGGACAGAAGACCGAACAGCUUUGAUAUUAUGGCUGAAGGGCCUGGACAGACGACACCGGAGAGCAUGGGGUUCCCAGUAAAUAAGUCGCCUUUCAAGUCCUAUCCGGGACCGAAGUUUUCGAGUCCUCGUGAGCCUGCUAGUCCAGUUACGUCUAAUUCUGUACUGAGGUUAAUGGGAAAGAACUUGAUGGUGGUAAACAAAGAUGAGGAAGAUGUAGCUAUGUCACUUAAGCAGCCACAACUUAGUCAGGUUCCAAGCUUUUCGGGCGGUUCCUCGCAACAUGUUCGAAAUCAAGCCUCCUCUGGUUCGUAUCCUCAUUGGCCACAUCAAAAUGCAGGUAACUUAUUGGGGCAGAGUCUCGAUGUAACGUCCUCGAGGGGCUUCGGGAGCCCUGUGAAUCUGAAUAUGUCGUUACCACACGGUCAAGCACCUACCACAUUGUUUCUUAAGCAGCACACAGCCUCCCAAGCCAGAUUCAUUGCCAAUGAUCCAAAACACCUUGUAAGUCCAUUUUGUUAUCAACCAAAGGAUGCUUCAAAUCUCAACAAACCAGCAACAAUACACAGUUCUAGUUUUCAAUCGACCCCGUCUCGAAAAGAUCAUGCCAGCCCUGUUAAAUGGGAUUGUAAUUCCGAACCGCCAUACGUCUGCAGGAGGGGAGUCUUUUAAUAGAAUUACUCGAGAUCUUUGCUCGUCGUUGUAGGUUAUGCUAUCAAGUUCCUGCCAUCGAAUCAGUGAUAGUAUCCGUGUUUUUUCGGUAGCCAAAUGUUUUUUUGACGUUAGCAAUGGGUGACAGAUACAUUUUACCAGAUGGAGAUACAACAUACAAUGGAGAUUCAGAGAGGGGCUGUGUUAUUAGUCAGUUCUAAAGCUAUGAAGAGAGUAGAUAAUAUAUAUAUAUAUUGUACAAGUGGUUUUUCGAUGAAUAAUCGAAUCGUCUCGAACCUUUGACCGAAACGUAAUGGAACAAAGCUUUCCCGCUA